AUGGCUUUGACAUCUCUUUUCAUUGUCGCAGGGCUCCUGUCUUGUGCCACAUCUGCUGCCUACACCUACAACACCAUGUAUUUCUCUGACUCCCCCCCCCUUUAAAUUGGAACUAAAAAUUUUGUUCCAAUUUAAAGGGGGGUUAAUUUUUUUUUUUAAAAAAGAAUUUCAAAAAACUUAUCGAAUUAGAUCAAUAAAUUUGUUUAAUAAAACGCUAUUUACUCUUUAUCCUUUAAAACAAAGCAAGAUAUAACUAAAUUUUCAUUAUUAGUUAAUACGCCACUAUUAAUUGGUAUCAAAAUUAUUUACACAAAAAUUUUUAUUGAUAAAAAAAAUAAAAAAAAAAAAAUUUUGGAAAAUUUAUCGAUAAAAGUGCUAAUUUUGUUUAAAUAAGAUGUUAUUUAUACUCUAUUCUUUAAAAUAAAGCAAGAAAUAAGUAAAUUUUGAAAUUUUAUAAAGAAUUCCUAUUGAAUUUUAUAUCAAAACUAUCCAAAUAAAAAAUAUCAUUUUUACCAAAAAUUGUUUUUGAAAAUUUUUAAAAAACAAAAAUUAAUUUUUUUUAAAAAUUUAGCAAUUAAGGAUAAUAAAUUUAUUUAAAUAAGAUGCUCUUUAUACUUUUUUCUUUAAAAAAGAGCAAGAUAUAAAUAAAUUUUAAUUUUAGUUAAGAAGAAACAUUUAACUUAUAUCAAAACUUUUUUAGAUAAAAAUUAUAUAUAAUUUUUUAUUAUAAAAUUAAAUUUUGUUCCAAUUUAAAGGGGGGUUAAUUUACCACAAAAAGUGGAAAUUUUACCGAUAUUUUGUUCCAAUUUAAAGGGGGGGGAGUGAGCCAUUAGACCACAUCAAUGGUGACCCUGGUUUUAUUACAAUUAAAGCGAUUUUUUCUCAAGGCGACCCUGCAGGUCCAUUAUUUGUGUACACAGGAGACAACAACCCAAUAGACCAAGCUUAUAAUAAUGCAGGUUGGGUUACUCAAUUCUUGCAGCCUAACUAUAAUGCUUCUGUGAUCUUUAUAGAGCAUAGAUUCUACGGGGUUUCACAGCCAGGUAAUAAAAACUAUAACCUCUUAUAUCUAACUACUACCCAGGCUUUAUUGGAUUGGGCAGAUAUAUGAUAAAUCAUACUAAUUAGGUUUUAAAAAAAUUAAAAAUCUAUAUAAUUUUUAUGAAAAAUAGAAAUUAUAAUUAAAAAAUAUUGUUUUAUUUAUUUUAAAAAAAAUAGUUCAGCAAGUAAGACCAUCCUCAUCAACCCCAGUCAUCGCAAUUGGAGGAGUUUAUGGAGGUAUGAUGGCAGCUUUCUUCAGAAUUAAGUUUCCUCAUAUAGUUGACGGUGCAAUUGCAAGCUCAGCUCCUUUCCUCGCUCCUUUUGAUCUCAAUGGCUCAGGCUACGCUAGAGCAGCCUCCAACGACUACGCAGCUGUCAACGCGAGCUGUGCCAGCAACAUCAAUUUCGGCUUCAACAUCUUGCAAAGCCUGCUUGAGAGGCCAGUUCAAUGGGACACAAUUUCCAACGUUUUCAAAACCUGUCAGCCUAUUGCGGAACCAUUGCAGAUUUUCCAGCUCCAAGACUACCUCACAGCUGCGUUUAAACUAAUUGCAGAGUACAACUACCCAUAUAUCUCAAACAUGUAUGGACCACUCCCACCAUGGGCAGUUAAUGUCACCUGUGGAAUUAUUUCUAAAUACAACCAAGCACCUAUUAACAUCUGGACAACUCUACAAGGCAUGUAUGAGGUCGCCAAUAUGUUUUACAACUACACUGGAAGACUGGCUUGCCAUGAUAUUGAAAACACUCCAAACCAUGGCUUGCCUUGGUUCUACCAAAUCUGCACUGAAAUGGUGUGGCCUGAAGGACAAUAUGGACCUCCAAAUGAUAUUUUCCCACUCCGCGCAUGGAAUUAUACGUCAUAUGCGCAGUCAUGCAACCAGCUAUUUGGGGUUUAUCCAAGGCCAGAGUGGAAUAUGAUUAACUUUGGCAUGACCAUGAAUGCUAAUGCUACCUUGGAAUUUGACUCAAACUUUAUCAGCACUAAAAAUGCUGUGGCGAAUCAAUCGGCCCUCUUAGCACCUGUAGCCAGAUGGGAGUCUGGGGAUCUUAUGGAAGCCAGGCACAGCGUGAGGCCAGAGGGCAUUUCUAGGCCAAUCGAGCAAUUUCCCAACACAAAACCAGGAUUUGCGUCCUGGGCUACAAGUUUCAGUCUGGCCAAUAGCUUGACCAAAAGAUUCACUUUUUGAAUCUUCGGAAAGAGCAACCCCGCUGAUCAAUGACACUUUACCUCUGGGCUGCAAGUGCAAGCCUUCGUCUGGAGGAAGCAGAUACCUUCAUACUGUGUAACCGCAGUGGCAAGCAAGAGAGUGGAGCGAAGCAAGGAACGUGAAAAGCCGACAUGGCUGUCAAGUAUACUCGAUAUAAAUUAAGUUAAGACUCAAACUUUAUCUUCAGUUAUGGCUCAUUAGAUCCAUUUAAGACUAGCUGCUUUUCAGAUUUGACUAAUUUCGACUCAUUGGUGCUACCAAUUAAUGGAGUUUCUACAGCUACUGAUUUAAGAGGCCCAUCACCUCAAGACCCUCAGUCACUUAUUUAUGCAAGAAAUAGAGAAGUGCUUAUGAUUAACCAAUGGAUUAAAAACAAGGUAUCUUCAGCAUCCAAAUCUCAAUAG